UUAACCAUGAAAUUUGUGGCUCUUGCACUGACUCUCCUCCUGGCUGUAGGUUCGCAGGCCAACUUCCUGCAGGCUGAUGCUCCCUCCCAGCUGGAGCACUACAAGGCAGCAGCCUUGGUGUACCUGACUCAGGUCAAGGAGCAGGCUCAGAAGACUCUCGACCACUUGGACGGAACUGACUAUGAGCACUACAAGUUGAAACUCUCAGAGAGUCUGAACAAGCUGCAGGACUAUGCCCAAACCUCCUCCCAGGCUCUGACCCCCUAUGCAGAGACCUUCUCCAACCAGUUCUUGGAGACCACCAAGCAGCUGCGUGAGCGCAUCAUGACCGACGUUGAAGAUCUCAGUUCCAAGCUGGAGCCCCACCGUGCUGAGCUGCACCGGGUUCUGCAGAAGCACAUGGAGGAGUACCGUGAAAAGCUCGAGCCCCUCUAUCAAGAGUAUGCGACCAUGAACCACGAAAAUGCAGAGCAACUGCGUGCCAAGCUGCAGGCCAUAGUUGAUGAGAUGAGGCAGAAGAUUGAGACCAAUGUUGAAGAGACCAAGUCUAAGCUGAUGCCCAUGGUUGAGGCUGUGCGCACCAAGCUGACCGAGCGUCUAGAGGAUUUGAGGACAAUGGCCACCCCCUAUGCUGAGGAAUACAAGGAGCAGCUGGUGAGAGCUGUUGAGGAGGCCAGGGAGAAGAUCACCCCACACACCGAGGACCUGUACGCCCGCUUUGAGACCUACAUGGAGGAUCUGAAGGUCAAGUGUGCACAGUGGUAUGAAACCAUCUCCAAGGCCAUCCAGGCAUAAAAACUGCACAGUUUUUAUACACACACAACUACUCACAGGCAAAGGACAACAGCAAAGCACAGACUUUCUUAAUGGAUUCUAAGAGUGUU